AUGACUCGGACCUCUAAUUGGCCUACUACCAUCACACUGACACUUCAAGGACACAUCUCCCACCUUGAUGCUCUCAUCGCCGAGGCGACUCAGCAGGAUCGAGAGAAUGGCCUCUAUCAUGUUUACGACUACGGACUGAAUUUCAACGCCUUGCGGACCAGCAGUUCUAGUGUGAAAAUCAGUGUAUAUCCGCAGGGAGAAUUGUGCAUGCACGACGAGGCUCCAGUGCUUGAGGUCCCGCACACAGAACGCUUGACACGCAGUACCGCAAGGCGCAUUGCUCAAGCCUAUAGGAAUGCAGCUGCUGAUUCCAGCCAAAGUACUGUUCAUGUGAAUCGGAACACCAUGGGUACAGACAUGGUCACUGCCCCCCUUCCCCAGAACACAGGCGAGGCCAAUGAGGAUGAUAUUACUGCAGCAACCGCUCGUAUCGAUGAGAAUAACGGCUCUGCAGAAAUCGUUUCCGACGAGCUCUCCGCAGAGACUGCUAGAUCCGAUGAAAAUGCAGCUACUGCACAUUCCGAUGAUGGCACAGCGAGUGUUCGUCCCGAUGACAGAACAUCCAAUGCUCAAUCCAACGACGACGGACCGAGUGCUCAAUCCGACGACGACGGACCGAAUGCUCAAUCCGACGACGACGGACCGAAUGCUCAAUCUGGCGAUGACGCACAGAGCGCUCAAUCUGACGAUGAUGCAGGGAGUGCUCACUCUGACGAUGAUGCAGGGAAUGCUCACUCUGACGACGAUGCAGGGAGUGCUCACUCAGACGACGGCGCAGCGACCACCGAUCACGAGGCCGCGCAUAAUCCCACCGAUUUCGGCGACAACACUGAGGAUGUUGAUGACAUGCUCGAGAACUUAGAGAUAAAUGAUGAUGAAGACGAAUCCAGGUCCCAUUUUAGUGACUUUUCUGACAAGCAAGAUCAGGUUCACCCCAAGAAAGAUCGACUUCGAUUCCCGGAUUUCCUCACCUUGGUUACCUUCAGCGACAGAUGUCGCUAUGUUUUGUUCUUGCAUGAGAUCAAACCGUUUGUCAUCCACGACUUUUCUCCUCAUGAGGAAGAACGAGUUCGAACAUCCUCCUUGGACCGUUGCUUAAGGGCACACAUGCGUCAAUGCGUAACUCAAGCACAAUUCGGUUUUGCUGCUUUCCCUGAGGAGGACGAACUGCGCAUCAUGUUCUCGGUGGGGUUGCACUUUUGCGUUCUACGCUUUCUCCGCACUGCUACUCCUCAAUUCGACGAAUACACGGAUAAGCCGGGCACCAAAAUUCCUAAAACAAUCUCAAGCUGGUUCGCCUUAUUGAAUGAAAAGAAGACUGACUAUAGCACAGAAUUCAAGAGACACUGGACGAGUGCCAGGAAACGAGCUGCCGGCUCACAUGUACGAUUCCAUCGCCCUGCAGGUAACUAG